AUGAUCCUAAAGGAUGUCUCUGGAUCUGCAAGUGAUCUACCAAGCGCUCCCGCCAACGUCGAAAUUGUUGUAAUCCAUGGGUAUUACCCUCCCGGCGUUACUGAGAUUAUUGGCCGGAGUAGUGGAAGCUUCAUCGGCCGAGUCAACGAGUCAACAGUUCUGAAAUACCCGUCCAUUCCCGGUGAUUAUGAAAGGAUUAAAAUAGAAGCUAAGCUUCUCGCAAUCCUUGGGGAUCAUCCUCGAAUUAUCUCUUCUAAGGGUCUUAAUGAACAUGGCUUAGCACUGCAGUACACACGGAAUGGAAACCUCUACGAGCACAUCACAUCGAAACAUGCUACUAUUUCUCUCAGUCAAAAGCUAAGCUUGUGCAAACAAGCUUCCGAAGCAGUCAAAUAUAUACAUGAAAAGAGAGUUAUCCAUUGUGAUAUCAACCUCCGAAAUAUCUUACUAGACGACAAUUUCAACAUUAUACUCGCAGAUUUCCAAGGGAUGCUGAAAUCACCACACGGUGAGACGCUGCUAGAUGGACUAUCUAGGGAAUGUACAAAGUCAUUCAUGUCCCGGAGCCAUGGUGACUUUGCUGAUGUUAAGACCGAUAUCUUUGCGUUGGGAUCAGCAAUCUAUUUCAUCAUGUUGGGACAUGAAGUGUUCCGGAACUUGAUACCUUUAAUGACGAUGAAGAUGAACAGGUUGCGUUACUGUUCAGCAACGGAGACUUCCCUACUGAUGACCAUGCAUGUUCUACAAUCACAGAUAAAUGCUGGAGACAGGCAUAUGAAUCAGCUGAAGAUAUUAUUCAAGACAUCUCUCAAAUACAAACUUAGAAAGGAGCCAAACGAAGGCACAUGA